AUGGCUGCUAUGAAUCCUGAACAACUUUUAAAACCUCUCCACUGGAUAACUGGUACAUGGAAAUCAAUAAAUGCUACAGUCAAUUACCCCACUAUGAAGAGUCCGAUAAAUUACAAAGAACUUUUAUCAUUUACCAAUUUUGGUUUUCUUCUUCUCGGGUAUAGUUCGCUUACAUGGAAUCCCGAAACUAAGGCUUUGAUGCAUGUGGAAGGUGGGCAUCUCAGGAUUGCUGAAGAUGGUUGUACAGUGAGUUUACUAACCUCACAAAAUCUUGGAAUAUGUACAGUUGAAGAUGGCACAGUUAAAGACAAAUAUAUGGAAUUAACUGCAUCGAUUAUUUCGAGAUCGAAAUUUAACAAAAAGAAAGUUUGCGGUAUUACUAGAUGUUACACUUUAAAUGAUAAGGGUCAAUUGGAAUACAAGAUGAUGUUACAAACUGAUAAAGUUCCAUUAACUGACCAUUUAAAAGUUUUAUACGAGAAAGAAAAAGAAUGUAAAUAAAGUUUGUUUAAAAAUUUA